AUGGCUGAUGAGAAGAAAGGACAGCAAACCUCCAAGAUGGGUGCGAAGAAAAUCAUCAAGAAGGCACCAUCGAAGGCCGGCAAGAAACGGAAAAGGCCCAGGAAAGAAAGUUAUUCCAUCUACAUCUACAAAGUGAUGAAGCAGCGCAUCGCGGGGGAGGCUUCCCGCCCGGUCCAUUACAACAAGCGCAGCACCAUCAGCUCCAGGGUGGAGGGGAGAAUCCAGACUGCCAUGCGGCUGCAGCCGCCUGGGGAGCUGGCCAAGCACGCCGGGUCGGAGGGCACAAAGGCGGUGACCAAGUACACCAGCUCCAAGUGA